AUGAAGAGAGUGGAGAGACCACUUCUGCGCCUGGAUAUACAGGGUGUGGCCUGUGACCUUACGUGCCAGAAUGCACUGCCAGUAUUUAACACGGCAUUGCUGCGAAGCUAUGUGAACCUUCUACCUGAAAUCCCGGUGCUGUCCAUGGUCAUCAAGCGCUGGGCGAAGGCCGGCAACAUUGGAGAGGUUCAAUCUGGAGCAAUCUCGUCUUACGCUUGGACACUCAUGGCGGUGUACUACCUGCAGGUCUGUCAUGGCUUGCCUUCCCUUCACGCUUUGUCUCCAUUCGGAGAUCUACGUUCAGAAGCAAAGAUCGGGAAGAAGAAGAAGAAGACGACAUUUGCCCUUGGUUUUGAGCAAAACGCAACGAAGCAGAAACUGAACCAUUCCGUGGGAGAUGUGCUGGGUGGCUUUUUUGAGUUUUACUCGGAGCAGUUCGACUGGGGCAAUGAGGUGGUAUCCGUGAGAUUGGGGAAGCGACUUCCGGCGAAUGAUUCUGAGUUCUCCAUGCUGCCGAGGAAGGAACCCAACGGAUACAGCGACAUACUGAAGAUUGAGGACCCCAUUGAGAUCAGUCGCAACCUGAAUUUUGCAUUGUCCAAGAAGUCUUCACACAAGAUACGUGACCUGAUUACAUGUGCCUGCAGCACGUUGAAGGGCGGUGGAUCUCUCGUAGAUCUCCUUCGGAGCAAGCAUGGCAUCGCGCUCAGUAAUCCCACGGCGGUGGGAAAGCCGUUUGCAAACUUCCGGAAAUAUCGUCUAUCUACUGGUGAGAUGGCUCAGUCCAUGACCAGGAGUCAGAAGUCUGAAGCCAGGUAUCGCUGCUUAGAGUGCUUCCGCUGCUUUCCGGAUAUGACCAGCAUGCAGCAGCACCAGCAGGCCACCAAUCAUUCGGGUAGCCUCAUCUUAUGCAGCGUCGACCCGCUGCCGCCGGAAAACAAGACAAGGGUUCGGGGGAAUUGA